AUGUCCGUUACAUCUGGCCUCUAUAGGAUCACCACUCACCUCUCACCUAACCCAGCCAUUGGGGUUGACCCGAGAACUCGAUCCGCAGUGAAGCAAGUUAUCGUUGUGCCUCCAGAAUUUCCGCCCCCAGGUAGCACAUGGGAAGUGAGACAGGAAGAUGGCCAGUUUUACCUCCUUGCUGUCGACGGUGCCAAUGCCCGCCCGGAAGAAGACAAAGUGAACGCGUAUUAUGGGCAACCAGGUGAGAUGUGGAAAAUUGUCCACCACCCACUCCGCAGGGGGUAUGUCGUCCUGAGCCCGGAUGAAUCGCUCGCUUGGCAUCUUCCCAACUCCGAAUAUUUCACUCAGGUCGAGCUCAAGCCCCUGGGGAUCUUGCCUGGCGAAGGAUACUACUUCAAUCUGGAGAGGUUGGUCGAGUAA